AUGGAUUUUUCAUCAGACAGAUUAGAACAUAGUAUAAUAAUCAGUGCUUUAUACAGUGUAGGAAGAACACUUAGUUAUGUAGCUAAGAGCAGUUUAAAUCCAGCAAUUGCAUUUGGGUAGAUGAUAUAUAUAAUAAAUACUUUAGUUUAGUAUUCUUUGAAUGUUGUAAAGAUGGACAUUGGGGAAGAUUUUGGAAUUUAUGGAUUUAUUCUAUUUUACCAUUUGUUGGAGCAUUCUUUUCUUAUGCAAUUAUUAAAGUGAUUUAUAGAGAUUGUUAUGAAAAAUAAAUAUAAGCUGGUUUAAGAGAAUGA